CAGGCUGCAAACUGCAGCCACGUCACCGAGCCUGAGCUGAAGUGCUGCCUGGAAAGUUGGUGCUGACUUGGGCAGUUUGCAAAGUUGGGAAUCGGCGAAAGAUGAAUGUGUUCAGACUGUCCGGGGAUCUGUCCCACUUACUGGCCAUUCUCAUCCUUCUGGCGAAAAUGUGGAAAUCCAAAUCCUGCGCUGGUAUUUCUGGGAAGAGUCAGCUUCUCUUUGCUCUCGUGUUUACGACACGUUACCUGGAUUUAUUCACCACGUUUAUCUCAGUGUACAACACCACCAUGAAGAUCAUAUUUCUGCUGUGUAUCUAUGUGACCGUUUACCUGAUCUACAUCAAAUACAGCUCCACCUUUGAUCGGGAGAAUGACACAUUCCGUGUGGAGUUUAUCUUGGUCCCUGUCGCUGGUCUCUCCUUCCUUGUCAACCAUGACCAUGCUCCAUUAGAGAUUCUUUGGACCUUCUCUAUUUAUCUGGAAUCCGUUGCGAUUUUGCCCCAGCUCUUUAUGAUCACUAAAACUGGGGAAGCUGAGACAAUCACCACCCAUUACCUCUUCUUCCUGGGGCUUUACCGGGCGCUGUACCUGGCCAAUUGGAUUUGGCGGUACCACACGGAAGGCUUCUUUGAUCAGAUUGCUGUUGUGGCUGGCGUUGUGCAGACCAUCUUUUAUUGUGACUUCUUCUACCUUUACGUCACGAAAGUCUUGAAAGGAAAGAACCUGAGCCUCCCGUUACCUGUCUGAGACAACGCCUAGCAACCCAACAUAUCCCACAAGUACACAGUGUACAACUCAAAGAUGAACAACAAGCUUUUACUGGAACUAAAUUUGAAUAUCACAAGAACUAUUGACAUAAUAGAGGUGUUAGUACUGACCCCAACUCUCCGUCCUCCCCCUCCCAAUCCCUCCUUCACGUCUGUCCUCCACAUUACCCCUGCUUCCCCAUCUCCUCACCCCCUCCACCCAUCACCCUCCCCUCUCCUCACCCCCUCCACCCAUCACCCUCCCCUCUCCUCCCCAUUAGCCCCACCCUUUCAAUUCUAAACCCAUCUUUCCUCCCCACUUUGCUCCAAGGCCAUUUUCUUCCCCUGGUCAAUUAAAUUCCAGUUUAUUGGUUAAAUAAUCUUUCGGGUUUCACUUUUUUUGCUGCGUUCCUCUGGUUAAAACUUUCACCAAAGACAGCAUCUGUAACAAUUGCUCUCCAAUGUUAAAUCUGACACCAGUCACCAAGGAGCUCGUAACCCUCCUGUAACCUGCCAUCAUGAUCUCAUUGAAUGGUGGAACAGGCGCAAGGGGCUGAGUGGUCUACAGCUCUUCCAACGUUCGACACUGCCUCUGCCUCUGUAAAGUUGCACACGCUAGGGAUCAGCAAGAGACUGUGCAUUCCUGGCUCAGACUGACCUUCCUUCUUGAUAAGUUGGUGAUCAAAGGAUAUAGGGAGAAAGCAAGAGAAUGAGAUUGAGAAAUGCCACAGCAAACUCGUUGGGCCAAAUGGUCUAAUCCUUUAUUCAUUUACAGAAUGAGGGUGUCGCUGGCUAGACAGCCUUUAUAGCCCACCCUAAUUGUCCAGAGGACAGUUGAGUCAACCACUUGCUGUGGGUCUGGAGUCACGUAGGCCAAACCAGGCAGUAAUACUCUUUGUACCUUAACAUCCUGCUCUCUUAGCCCCUCUGAUUCUAGUUCACAGAGCUCCUGUCUUUAAUCAUAGAAUCCCUACAGUGUGAAAACAAGCCCUUCGGCCCAACAAGUCCACGCCGAUCAUCAGAACAUCCAUCCCCCCAAAUCUACAUAUCCCUGAACACUACAGGCAAUUUAGCAUGGCCAAUCCAUCUAACCUGCACAACUUUGGACCAAAUAUGUCCCAAUGUCUCAAUAAAAAUGUCAACAAACCCUGACGUACUCACUCACAUGCCAGGAUCAGGAUGUUUGGGUUAUCAUGGAUAUCCACAAGGUCCAACAGUUAUUACCUUCUGAGCUGACCAAAGUGGCCUGUGUGAAAGAUCAGACUGGAGGAGAGGAAUGGAGAAUAUGGUAGUGGGUGGAAGGAUUAGGAAGAGAUUGUGAGGGGAUGAGUUGAAAGAUGAAUGAGUGUGAGUUGGAGGAAGCCUGAGAGGAAAAGCCUGAGUUGGAAGGAUUGAAAGGAUGAAUUGGGAGAGAAGUGUUGGAGGGAGUUAGGAUAGGCCAGGAAAGAAAACAUGGGAGGUAGAUUAGGUUGGGGGGGGGGGGGUGGGAGGGAAUAGGUUAGAGUGAGUUGAGGGUGAAUGAAGAUGGAAUUAGGAUCCCGUGCCAUUGGCAGGCUUGUGGAAGGAUCUGAUCUUCUAUCCUGUGAGUACUGGGGUGGGCAUGCCCCCACACAUCUGUUUUCCAUUCUUCCUGCCCCCACACACCCCCCCCCAAAAAAAACAUUUGUAAUGCGGCUUAAGCACAAAGUACGAUUUUAACGAAGGUGUCUUCAGUCUGUGCAUUGUGUUAAUUAUUAUGGGCAGUUCAGACUUCUAAAUAUAACUAAAACAGAAUUUUUUUGUUCCUUCUUGUGACAGCUUUUAUGGUUUAGUUGCCUUUGUUUUGCAGAAAGUAUAUUUUCAAAUUAGGAAUGGAGGAAACCUGAUCCCAUUCCACCUCCUAACACCAAAGUAUUGUCUCUUAACUUGUUUAAGGAAUGUCAGUGUCGCUGUCUUGGUGAAUGUUUAUUGCCCGUCCUUCAUUGUACAGGAGAAAGUGGUGGUUAGCUGCCUUGAAUUGCUACAGUCUUUAGGGUGUGCAGUGCGGGAGGUGUUGUAGGAACAUCCACACUCUUGUAUGGGAGUGAGUUCCAGGAUUUUGGUCUAGUCAUUUUGUAAGAAAGACAAAGUAUCUCCAAGUCAGGAAGGUGUACAUGGCUUGGAGGGGAAUGUGCAGUGGUUGUGCGUUUGGAAGGAGCCUUGGUUUGUAACUGGAUUGCAUCUUGCAGAUGGUACACGCUGCUGCUACUGUGCAAUGGUGAUGGAUGAGGUUCCAAUCAAGCAGCUGCUUCAUCUGGGAUAGUUAGAGCUUUGAGUGUUGCUGGAGUUGCAUAUUCCAAGCUUUCCUUUUUAGGCUUGGAAAUUAUGUUUGUGAACUAUUUAUCAUAGAAUUCCUAGCUGCUGCCCUGCUGUUGUAACCACAAUACCUAUAUGGCUGAGCCAGUUCAGUUUCUGUCAAUGUCAAUCUCCAUAACUUUGAGAGUGGGAAAAAUCAGUGAUAAUACCACCAUUGAGUGUAAUAAUUAGAUUCUUUCUGUUUGGAGAUGAUUGUUGCUUGCAACUUGUGUGGUUUCUAGAGAUUUCUCCACUUCCAUUUUUCUUGUCUUGCUUGAAUCCUUGAUGCUAUAUUUGAUUAAAUGCUUGUUGAUGUCAAGGGCACUCUUCCCUCAGCUCACUUCUUUACAAUCUUUGUCCAAAGACUAAACAGGAGGAGUGGGCAGGAGCUUGGUAGAUGUCAGUGGUGUAACUGUACUGGAACUGCUUGCCUAAAUGUGUGGCAAGACUUGGACCACAAUUACCAGGAAUAUGCUAAUCCUGGAAUAUCGUCAGGGGCCACUGUCUUUGCAGAAUCCAGUUAUCUUCAACCCUUUUUUUUUUGAUAUCUGGAGUGAAUGGAGUCAGCUGAAGACUGUGAUGCUAGGGACUGGAGGGGGCCAAGCAGAUCCACUCAGCACUUCCAGCUCAGGAUGGGCAAGUUCUCGAACUUCUGGAGCAUGCCCAGGUGUCAGUGAGGAGGACCUUGCAAGGUUGGUUGGGUGUACUGUUAUCAUUUCAGGUGCCAAGAUGCUGACUAGCAGUUUAUUCCAUUACUGUUCUCUUUAGACCUAGAGCCACAUGUAGGCCAGACCAGGUAAGGAUGUUAGAUUUUCUUGCCUAAAAGAUUUAUUAGUAGAUAAUUUAAAUUUUUAAAAAAGUGGUUUCACGUCAACAUUACAGAUAUGUGCUUUCAAUUCCAGAAUUUAAUUUCAAUGCUAGAGCAGGAUUUGAACUCCUGUAAUCUAAUCUGUCCUCAGCCUCUGAUAAUCUAAUGACAUUACAACUGUGUCACUGCAACUCCCGACUUUACCAGCCGACCAUGAAUUGUUUCACACUAAUUCUGGGAUUAAGUCUCAUUCCUCACUGAGCUUCAAUAAUGCUUCUGUGUUCUGAUUUAUUUUAUGUACACUUUGCAUUUGGCAUAAAUUUAUCAAGUGUCUGUAAUAAAGGACUUUAAUCAGCA